CUCCGUAUCAUUGUUAUCAUUCCUUACUUCCGGUGUGGACUCCUUUGCCAACACGUUGCAUCCGCACACAGGUUUAUACCGGUAGAAGUAAACAAGAAGAAGACCAAAAUGACAUUUAUGACUUCAUGGGAAGAGUUUUCUAAAGCUGCUGAACGUCUUUAUUUGAACGACCCGUCAAAAUGUCGGUAUACAAUCAAGUACAGGCAUUGUGAUGGGAAAGUUAAUGUUAAAGUGACAGAUGAUACUGUGUGUUUACAGUAUCGUACAGAACAUGCACAGGAUGUUAAGAAACUGGAAAAGUUAACAAGCUUAUUGAUGAGACAUAUGGCAUCGAAGGAAAAGUGAAACUUUGUACCUUCCAGCGUUUUUGAGGUAAAAAGUGUAAAAUGAACAAGAUCCUACAGUACCACCUGUCCAUUGAAAAAGCCAUGGUAAAUCCAUCUACAAAGUGUUUUGUCUGGAAAACAUGUCAAAAGAAGUGUGACUUAUUGUUGGGAAAUAUUAGUUUUGUCGUAUUUAAUUCAGAUAUUUCUUGAAUAGACCACCGUAGACAAAACAUUAACAGGCUUAAUUAAAUAACAUCACUGUACCUUGGUGAACCUGAAAUAGUUUCCCAGUGGUAUAGUAAACACAGAUGUUGUUUACCCUAUUCCCAGACGUUUGUUUGCUGUAUUCUGAAAUGUGAUUGUUAACGGAUGUGGAAUUUCCUUGAAUGUAAUUGAGAGCCUGAUAUGUGAGAGUGAUUGUGUAAGUGGUGAUUGACUUCUAAUUUAGAUUGUAGUUUUACUAUGUUUUUAUAAGAUGUAUGCAUUUGGUUGUUAUAAUUUUCUUUCGUGAAAUAAUUGUAAACAACAAUUUUUGAAUAUUAAUGAGGUGAUAAUUGAUCUUUCAUGAUAUGUUAAGAAUGUGCCAGCCAAGACAGUCCUAGACCUGUAUAAAACAUUUACAGGUCCAUCUCAUUCGCAAGUUGAUAUGUACCUGUAAAACAGGAUGAAAAUAUUACACAGGUAAAGGGCCAUAACUCUUGGUAAAACAUUAUCAUGUAUCACAAGGUUUGAAUUUGUUCAUGUUGAUGCCAUUUGUGAAGAAAAAUUGCUGCCUAAAAGUAAAGAAUUUUAUAAUUACCAGAUCUAAUUAAAGAUGCUACAUUGCUGACAAAGGAGUAAUUUUGAUCAAUUGAAAACAAGAAUAGACAGAUGUAUGUUUUUAUUUAUGAUCAAAAGUUACAAUAACAUCUUUUAAAAUCAAAUUUAAAGUGGAUAAAUAAUUAACAGCGCCACGAGGAAAUUAUACCACACACCGCCUCUACAUUUGGCAUUUAACUUGGUCUAGUAAAAGGUCACUUUUCGGAUACCGUCAUAUGCUGGUAUUAAAGAAUGCCUUUUAAAGUAUUUUUAUAACAUUUAUAUGCUGUUGGGGCUGUAGCAUCUUUAGAUAUAUUAGGUGUUUUUUAAGUUGUACUUACCAUACUACUAUCAGACUUUGGAAAAUUAUAUUUGAUGUGCCUCUAGGAGUUCAUUAAUCAGGCCUUAAAUUUAAUGCUGUGAGAGGUUAACCCUGAAUGUAUUAUAUGAUUCAUGAGAUAAAACUGAUGUGUCUCUUAAAGUUCAGUAAUCAAGUGUUCAAUUCAAUGUUGUGAGAUACUUACCUUGACUGUACUAUACCUGUAUAAGGUCCAUGAGAUAAAACUUAAAAUCAAACAUUCACAUGUGUAAUUGGAUUGAAAUUGAGUAACCAGAAAGAUUUUAUAUUGUGGUUAGAAAGUUUCAUUGCCAGAAUACAAUAUUUAUUUGUCGGAAACUGUUAGGUUCUAUUUUAGUGAAGGAUUCUAAACAUGUUUAAGUGUAUAAUUCCCAGUACAUUUGUUCAAAGUUAAUUUCUGCAUUGUUUGUUUUUCUCUGACCCAUGUUUGCUUGUGUUGAUAAGCCUUCAAAUUGCUUUUCACUGAAAGGACAUGUAUGUAGUUGGCACGGACUUUGUAAGGUAUAAAAAGGUCAGUUAAUCCUACAAUAUGACAUAGAUGUGUGAGCAAAUUUUGUAUUACAAAUGUACUUUGAUUAAUAUUGAAAAUUAAUAUUAUGUUUUAUCAAUUCCUUCCCUUGUUUUUAGAGUUGGUAUAAAUUGAUUGAAAUUGUAUACACGUACAGAUUCAUUUAUUUUAAUAGUGAUUUAUUGUAAUCAGUUACAUUCAAAGGUAGAAGUACAAUGUACCUGCACAUAUUCAUUAUCUCAGUCUUUGCCAUAAAUUGGUCUGUGCUAAAAAUAGUGUUAGAUUUGGCUGUUGUAUAGUAGGCAUUGUAUAGAAUAUAGGAUAACUUUGCACACACAAAACAUGAGUUAGAGAAUUAAGGCUGCUGACAGAGGAAUCUGGGGCCUACAUGAAUUAUUUAUUAACAAUAUCUUAUUAUCUGUUGGCUUGACAAGUAAAAAAACUAUGUGAUGAAGGCAGAUAACUUCUGAAUCAAGCAUAGUACAUAAUAAUAUAUAACUAAGUCUUUUGAAAGUUGUAAAUAAACUGUUAAACAACCUU